AUCUAAGCCAAGAUACUGCUAAAUCUCAACAAAUUUUCUCUGGAUGUAUCAUACAAAGUUUGAAGGUGUUGGAAUUAGCUGAAACCAAACUUCAAGGUGAUAUACCAUAUUGGGUUAAUAGUCUCAAGAACCUUCAAUGGCUCGACCUUAAUGAUAAUCAAAUAAACUCUACAUUGCCUCCAUGGUUAUUCAAUCUAACCUCCAUUUCCUUCUUGGAUCUAUCAUAUAAUGAUUUCCAUGGAUCUAUUCCAUCAAUCAUUGAAAACAUGUAUUUGCUUGAGGAAAUUUAUCUAGAUUUAAAUUCUCAUCUUGAGGGUCCAAUUCCUAUGACUCUUUGGUAACCUUUGCAAAUUACAAUUGUUGUCACUUGAAGGGGUAAACAUUAGUCAGAAUUUUCAAGAAUUCGGUGGCAUCUUUCUGGUUGUAUCAAAAAUAGUUUGCAGUCCUUGUAUUUGGGAAACAUUUCAUUAAGAGGUGUCAUUCCAAAGAGUAUCGGGCAACUCUCUAAUCUUGCCAAUUUGGAUCUUGAUAAUAAUAAUUUGGAGGGUGUGUUAACUCAAGAUCAUUUUGCAAACCUUCAGAAAUUGAGAACAAUAGAUCUAUCCGGAAAUGCAUUGACAGGACCAAUUUCUUCUAAUAUUAAUGCGACAAUGUCUCAGUUGGUAACCCUCAGCCUCUCAAUGAAUAAAAUAAAUGGUAUGGUGCCUUUCACUUUAUGUACUUUAGCAAAUACACAAGCGUUGGAUGUCUCAUUGAACUAUUUGACUGGAAAGCUUCCCAACUGUUGGAAUAAUAACUCACAGUUCAUGGUGUUGGAUUUUUCAAGCAACAACAUAUCAGGAGGAAUCCCUAAUUCUAUUUGUUCUCUUCAAAAACUUGAGUCAUUGCACUUGAGCAACAAUAGUUUGUCAGAUGUGUUCCCUACAUCUCUAAGGGAAUGUCAUAGUUUGGUUACUCUUGAUCUGAGUUAUAAUAAUUUUUAUGGAAGUAUACCAAAUUGGAUACCUAAGAGCAUGCCCAACUUGCAAAUUCUCAAUUUAAAAUUUAAUAAGUUUUCAGGAUAUCUCCCCCCUCAACUUUCAAGUCUCCCCAAACUUCAUGUAUUGGACCUAUCACACAAUAACUUGUCUGGCUCUAUACCGAGAAACUUUGGCAACUUCAGUGGUAUGACAUUAUCCAAAAAAAUGGAUGGUCUGGAAGAUUUCGAUUCUAUUGUGUUUUCCAUGGGAUAUAUAUUAUUAGUUAUAAAAGGGAAUGAGUACAAAUGUAAAAUAAUUUUAUCGCUUAUUAAUGUCAUGGACCUUUCUUGCAACAAUUUUCAUGGAAGCAUACCUGAAGAAUUAACAAAUCUUUCUGAAUUGGAGAGCUUAAAUCUAUCUAGAAAUCAUCUUACUGGAGAUAUUACAAAUAAGAUCAGCAAAAUGCGAGAAUUGGAAUCUCUUGAUUUGUCUAAAAACAACAUCUCAGGAAUAAUACCUCCUUCCUUGGAAAGUAUGGACUUUUUGGAAGGUUUGAAUUUGUCAUACAAUAAUUUGUCAGGACGGAUUCCUUUUGAGAAACAUUUUACCACAUUUGAUGAUCCAUAUAUAUACAUCGGCAAUCUUGAACUUUGUGGGCCUCCUCUAUCUAUCAAUUGUUCAAGGGACGAAGUGCUAACAACUCCAACAAGUGAUGUCCAAGAAAAAGAUAUAUGGCUUCAUCUCGGCAUUUGCUCUGGUUUUAUCACUGGUUUGUGGGCAGUUUUUAUUAUUAUGCUGUUCAAAGGAACUUGGAGGGUUGCAUAUUUCCAAUAUGUGGACAACAUGUGUAAUCGAAUGUAUGUUGCAAUUCUUGUGAAGUUCACUAUCUUAAAGAGGAAAUAUCAACACAAAUAUAACUGGAUGCUAUGACUCCUUCGAUUCCAAUUAAUUAAGGAAAGCAAGGAUGAAUUUGGAUAAUGAAAAAUAUCAUCUUCUUCUAAGUUUGUAGAUGGCCUUUGCAUCAACAUAUGCCCAACUAAUUCAGACCUUUAAUGCGCCAAGCAUUCUUCCCUUAAUCUGAACUAGUUAAGUUUUGCUUUUGUGUGUUUGUAUAAAUAUGUAAUGUACUUUAUUAUGAUUGGUAAUUUAGUUGUUGUAAGAGGACAUAAUUCUUGAUGUUUUAUUGCUAUACCAUUCACAUUA